AUGCCUAAACGAGUGUUCUUCAAGAAUGAACCCAAUAACUCUGGAGACCAGAUUAACUAUGAGGAUUUGGUAGGAGUCGAGAAUCCUGCAAGAUACCGGAAGGGUGGAUACCAUCCAGUGAACAUCGGAGAUCUCAUCCAAGAUCGCUAUCGCGUCGUUCAUAAGCUCGGAUUCGGGACUUACUCUACGGUAUGGCUGGCAUUUGACAAAGAUACAAGCCACUAUGUGGCCAUCAAAGUUGCCGCCGGCUAUUCCAACCCUGUGGAAAUGAACAUUAUUGUUUGUGUUCAGACUUCUCGGGACACAAUACCUUACCUCGGAACCAACAUGAUUCCACCAAUACUGGACGCGUUUGACCUGACCGGACCGAAUGGUGAGCAUUCAUGCUAUGUAAUGGAGCCAGCAGGAGCAAGCUUGGAGCUCGCAAAAUCUCGAAGUCACAAAGGUCUUUUCCCGCUUGGUGUUGCCCGUGCCAUGGCUGCUCAACUGGUUAUUGCGGUGGCACAUGUUCACGAAAAAGGUUACGUUCAUGGCGAUCUUGGCUUGAGAAAUAUUCUACUUCAGCUACCUUUCAACAUCCAUAAAUAUCCAGUCGCGGAACUUUACACAAAAUUUGGAGAACCCCAAAGCAAAGAGGUUAUCCGUGAGGAUAAACAGGCGCUCUCCCACGGGGUCCCGGCAAUCUGCGUUCAGCCAAUCGAUUUCAAAGAAACAAGCGAUUUAAUCACCCUCCCACAGGCCAGAAUCAUCCUUACAGAUUUUGGAGAGGCGUAUAUGCCUUGUGUUCAGAAUCGGUUCGGCUCCAACGCCCCAUCACAUUGUGAGCCCCCUGAAGCGAGAUGGGAGACAGACAAACCACUUAACUUCUCCGCUGACAUCUGGGGGUUGGCCUGCUGUAUCUGGGAGAUUGUUGGCUGGAGGCCUUUGUUUAAAAGCUACUAUUCCGCCCAUUAUGACGUGACUUGUGAGCAAGUCUCGGUAUUAGGAAGACUGCCAACUGGGUGGUGGUCGAGAUGGGCUCGGGGUAACAAUAACCGGCGUUACAAAUUUGACCUUGCCGGAAAGCCACUGGACCGUGUCUGUUUCCCAUCCUUGGAACAGAGAUUUGACCUAGGUAUACAGCAACCAAGAAGAGAACGAGACAUGACUCCACUUGAGCCGAUGGAGCGCAAUGCGUUUCUCACAUUGAUGCGCUCGAUGCUUGCAUACCAACCUGCUGAGCGCAUUACCGCGAAAGAAGUUUUAAGGUAUGAGUGGAUGGUUAAGUGGGCGCUUCCUGACUUUGAAAAGAUGCGUUCAAGCUAG